AUGACCGAGGCGUCUGCAGUUGCAGGUGCAAUUCCAGACGUCUGCCAGUGCAUUGACGAGGUCGUGCCGAAGCUGGUGGAAAGCUCGCCGGGCGGCCUGGCGCCGUUGCUGCGCAGCUGCGGCGCGCUGGCAGUGCUGGCAUCCGGAGAGGCGGCCUUCUCCACCUGCACUGGGGCCCUGCGGAACCAGGUCGGCACGCUACGCCCGGACUUGCUGGCCCUGUUGCGAGGCAAUUUGAGGAGACUAUGGAGGUAUCCCCUUGCCGAGGACAGCACUUGGGCCUCGCAAGCACAGGUGCGCCUGCGCACUUUGCUCGGCACACUCUUCGGCCGUGGUCUCAUCGAGGUCUCUAAAAACAACUGCCUGGCACUGGCCCAAAGCGCGGGAGUCAGGGCAUCUUUGGACUUCAUCGUGGUGCAGCUUCUUGUCUACAGGCUUGCGCACACCAAGCCCACUCCGAAGAGGCGCAAGCGAAAGCGCCGCGCUGAGCCAGACGAGCUGGAAGAGGAGAUCGACGCCUUGACUGCUCCAACCUCCGAGGACCUUAUGUUGGAUGAGGCCUUGGAAGUUCUUCAGUCCGUGGAUCCGGGCAGCAUGUACCAUUGCGUGGGCAUGCUGCUGCUGACCCUGUCCGCCUGGGCAGUGGACUUGCGCGGCGGCACGAGGCUCUCCUGGAGUGAGCAGCUUCUACCGGAGGAGGUCGCAGCUGAGCUGGACGAAGAUGUCCGGCUGAAGGUCCUAAGCCGUGGCUUUCUGGUGGUUGCGCGGUUCCUGUCGGAGUAUGGGCUCCCAGCGGAUCUCGAUCGUGAGGAGGUGGAUACCUCCACCCUGCCCGACUUCACGGCGGAGGGGGGAGACGAGGAUGUGGGCGCUGUUGCGGCCCUCGCGCUCUGCCAUGGGGCUCGUGCUGUUUGCAUAGCGGAGGCCGCUGUGCAAGGCCUCGAAGAAUCGAAGGAGCAGGCCCUCUGCCUCCAGCGUACGGCGGAGCUGCGGGGACUCCUCCUGCGGUCGCUGGCCGUGAACCAUCCUGCCACGUUCUUCCGCUCGCUAUGCUUGACUUUGGGCGUCAAAGGCGCGGCACCUAAAGCUCAAGCCUUGCUGUCCGACAAGGAGUUUGCAGGCAGUUUGGCAAUCACCGUUCUCAGUGGCAGUGCAGAUGCGUUGCAAGUCCGGCGGGACCUGCGGAACGACGAUGAGGAUGAGGGCAUGGAGGCACCAGGAGAGGCCUGCGCGGCACUUUGCGAGUCAGCGGUGCAGCACAUCAGCAAGCGUUUCCUGGCAGGUGAUGCAGAAGACAGCGUCGUCACGAAAGCGUGGACACUGCUGGACAGCAUCUGCCGCUUUGCCAAGACUCACGCGUCGACGCCCCUGGUCCAGUUGGUCCUUCCUCAAGCUGGUGCCCGACUGAAAGCUGCCAGCGGCAGGUUGACGGGCUCUGGAGCGAAGGUGGCCAUUGCCUGCUGCCAAUGCGUCGACACGGUGGUGAACUCCCUUGGCCGCAAUAUUAUUGAGAAGCUGAACGACCUCGUGCCACCACUCUUGGAUCUGGCGAUGAUGCGGCGAGCGAGCAAUGCCGACACGACUGCUCUCCUGGACCAGCACAUCCUGGGAGCCCUCGGCUCCCUGGCCCGCCGCGUGGGGAGCUUCCUCUCGCCCUUCCUCGGCCGCUUCCUCGAGGUCACUUGCAGCGGGCCCGCAGCGCGCGUGGCCGCGCUGCAGGACCUGGCGCGCGAGUUGGUGGCGGGCGUUCCGCACCGGCUGCUCCUGAUGUCAGUGCAAGAGGGCACCGUGAAGCCUUUCGAUGGCACGGAGGAGUCCCUGACUGCACUGGAUGAGAAGCUGCUCCACAUGCAGAGGCUUGCAAGUUUCCACAUCUGGAUCCUGUCCAAGGCCUCUCCGGAGUUCGUCGCGGGCACCUGCGACGCGGUCAUGGCUUCCCUUCUGCGGCUCCUUGCCAUCUCCAGCGACGCUGUCAGCGCUUUCUUGCAAGCGGGGAUGGAGCUGGACGCCACUCCAUCCAGGGCCUUGCGACGCGGCAACGACCCGGCCUUGGUAGACGAAGCUGUCGAGGAGCUGAGCUGGGAGCAGUUCGGCAGCCAGCCUUCAAUGUGGCAGCUACAUCACCUGGCCGCGGCGGCCUUCGCGCAGUUUGCUUUGAGGCUGGAGGAGGAGGAGUUGAAGACUCGCUUCGUCAAGGUUCUGGAGUGGGCCCGCGGAAAGCAGCCGAAGCUGCUCGAGCAACAAAGGGUGAGGAAGGCGAAAGACUUCGACAGCAUCGACCCGGUUGCGGACGCGACAGCUGCCUGUCGAGUGAUGGCCCUCACGAGUACCAUGGGCUGCAUUGCCGAAGCUGCCCCCGGGAUCGCCGGCAGUCUGCUGCUGCCUCUGGGGACCAAGGACCUGUCGACUGCAUUGGUGGCCUGCCGCCGGUUUGCGCUCCAGACCGCCAGCCAAAAGGCGCGCAAGCGUCGGAAGACCAGUGAGAAAGCAGCCACGUCCAAGGAGGUGCUUCAGGAAAACACCUGGUGGUGGCACGACGUGGCCUGCUCCUGCCUGGACUUCCUCGCCGCAGCGUGCAAACCCUCUGAACAUGCCGGUCUUGAAGCAAAGCCCUUCGCCGACGCUGCAGAGGAGCUGCGGGAACCAGUGGCUAACCUGCUGGACAUCUUCGAGUUUCUUUCGCAGGACUCGUCGGUCGCGCCCUCGCUCCGGGCUGCCCUCGAGGCGGCGGCGGUGGCGCUGUGCAACGUCGCCAAUGAGGGCGACGUGAAGUUGCUGGUGCAGGCGAUCCUGGAGAAGAGCCGCUCCGAAGAUGCAGAGGUGCGCCUGAACGCCGUGAGAUGUGCCCAUCGGAUCUGGACGGAUCUGGGUGUCCAGGUGGUCGUGUGCUUGUCGGAAGUGACGAUGUAUGCCUCGGAGCUUCUCGAAGAUGAGGACUCCCGGGUCGAGAUGGCCGUGCGGGCCAUGAUCAAGACGAUGGAGGACUGCACGGGCGAGAGCUUGCAGGAUACCCUGAAGAGCUGA